AGAAAAGAAGCUGUACUUUUAGAAAUCUUUUGAGUAAGCUUGUCUUCAUAGUAAAACACAAAUUUGUACUGACGAGCAUUUUCUUUCUUAUCACUAAUAAAUAUUAAAUAAAUAAAUAAAAAAUAAUUAAAAAAAAAACAUAUCUAAAGAAGAUUGAAUAUGUCCAAGAAGAAAAAAGAAAAAAAGAAAAUGCCACCUGAAAAAAAGUUCCAGCUUCUGCAUACAAACAUCUACUGCUACACUGAACUGCAACAGUUUGCUAGUGGGUCCCACAUCAAAUUUAUUACACACACACACACACAUACUAACACAUACACAAAUUUCCCACCAUAUAUACUGCUUGCUGUUGUUUACUCUCCGAGAAAAAGCACACACACACCAAGUGUUCGACAAAAUGCUCAACAAAAACAACUCAGAAAACAAAGGCAACUUUGUUGCUAAUAAUGCAGCAUUAUUCAGCCCAAGAAUUUCAUUCUCCACAGAAUUCAUGGAUUCUUCUUCAUCAUCAUCUCAUAAUAAUAAUAAUAAUAAUUCACAUUCACACGUAAUGAAAAGGGCGGCUGCUGCGUAUCGAGAUGCUCCAGUUUCGUCGGAUUUCGAAUUUUCCGUCGGUAAUUUCUCGAUGAUCAGCGACGAACUCGUCUCCAAAGGCAAACUCCUCCCGUAUAAAGGGAAAGGGAAAGCCACAACUACACUCAGAGAAGAGCUACAAAAUAACGAAGACGAGGCGCCGAAGAAUCCGACCCGGUCGAGGGGUUUUCUAGGCCUUCGAAAAUCCCACAUCGGUUCGAAGAAUAAGUCUGUCAUAACUAAGGCUGAUUCAAAGAAAUCUGUUGAAUGAGUGUGAUCAUCAAUGUACGAAGAAUGGAGUUUGAGAGAUUAAUGUUUGGUUAAUUAGUUGGUAUUUUUCUAAUUGUAUUACUUUAAUUUUUAAUUUAAGGUUUAAUGUUUCUUAGUGUUGAAGUUUAUGUAUGUUGGUUGUAAUUACUUCAAGUUUAUUGAUGUUAUAUGCAUUAUUGAAUAGUCCCACUUUGCACCCUUUUGCACCCUGAAAUGUAUUAUUUUGCUACUUUGUACCCUUAAA